AUGACUCUAGCAGAUUUUAAUUUUAACUCACCAGGGCCAAUAGACAUGCUCAUAGGAGCAGAGCUCUUUUUUAGUUUAUUGUGUGUUGGACAGGUGAGACCACACAGAUCGGCGCCAAUUUUCCAAAAGACAUCAUUAGGUUGGGUCGCCUCUGGUAGGGUUGCUACUAGGAAACAACAACCAACCUUGACAUGCAAUUUAUCUAUAGAUGAUCAAGUAACAAGGCAAGUGCAACGUUUCUGGGAAAUUGAAGAUUGUGACGUUCACACAUCCCCAGCCAGUCAAACUACCACGUGUGAACGGAUGUACACAGAAACAACGUACAGGAAUUCUACAGGCAAAUAUGUAGUUAACUUGCCAUGUAGUGAUGACAUAAAUAGUCUAGGUGAGUCCAAGAAAACAGCUGAAUCUCGAUUUAGUCAACUGGAAAGAAAAUUAGAAAGAGAUCCCAAUCUACAUGCAGCAUAUUCACAAUUCAUGAAUGAAUAUGAAGCACUAGGGCAUAUGGAAGCGGUGGAACCCAACGUGAAGCCAGUUGGUCCAGUAUAUUACAUUCCGCAUCUACCUGUCGUUAGAGAAGACAGUUCAACAACGAAGCUCAGAGUUGUAUUUGAUGCUUCGGCCAAAACGAGCAGUGGUCGAUCAUUAAAUGACUGUCUUUUAGUUGGUCCUACCAUUCAGCAAGAUGUCUUCUCAAUCUUAGCAAGAUUUCGAUAUCAUACAUACGUAUUAAGUGCAGAUAUAGAGAAAAUGUACCGCCAGGUAUACAUUAAUGAGAAACAACUGGACUUACAGCGCAUACUAUGGAGACAAGGUAGAGAUCAACCUCUAAAAGUCUAUAGGUUAAAAACUGUCACCUAUGGUACAGCAGCAGCACCCUUCUUAGCAAUCAGGACCCUCCAUCAACUGGCCACAGAUGAACGAUCAACAUAUCCUAUAGCCUCAUCUAUAGCGCUAUCAGAUUUCUAUGUAGAUGAUCUUAUGACAGGUGCAAAAACACUCGAGGACGCUAAAGUCAUUCAAACACAAAUGUCGCAAAUGCUUAACUCAGGAGGAUUUAAUUUAAGAAAAUGGAAUUCAAAUUCGAAGGAAUUGUUGGAAACAAUCCCAGAUAAAAAUAGAGCGAAACAAGAACAAAAUAAACAGUACAAAGUGCUUGGUAUGUGGUGGAACUCUGAGACCGACAUGUUCCAUUACGCAUCUACUGAGAGAAAGCCACAUGACAAGAUAUCAAAGCGUUCUGUUCUGUCAGAAAUAGCCAGUUUAUUCGAUCCUUUAGGACUUUGUAGGGCCUGUAGUUUUGAAAUUCAAACUGUUCAUGCAAGAGUUGUGGGUAAGAGAUGUCCAUUAACUACAGAAGAGCUCAACCAUGCCACAAAUCAUCUCAUCAGAGCAGAACAGGAACAUUACAUGAGAGAAGAUUAUAAUAGGCUCAUGGAAGGAAAGAAGAUUAGGAAAGACAGUCCAUUGUGGAAUCUUCAAUCUUUUUUUGGUCCCGAGAAACUCAUCAGAGUAGGCGGGAGAUUAAAACAUGCAGAAAUCAAAAUAGAUCAAAAACAUCCCAUUGUUUUACCAUACAAGUCACAUCUAACAGAACUUAUUUUUCGUCAUGAGCACAUCAGACUUCUGCAUGCGGCACCUCAACUGCUGCUUGCAUCGUUGCGGCAACGAUAUUGGCCCCUUAAUGGACGAAAUUUAGCAAGACGUACCAUACACAGUUGCGUCAAGUGUUUUAAGGCUAAUCCAAAAACAACGCAACCUCAGAUGGGUGACUUACCAUCAGAUCGAGUACGCCCAUGUCGACCUUUCAGUAAUACUGGCACUGAUAUCAGCGGCCCAGUAUAUAUUAAAGCCUCAAAAAGACGAAACAGUCCUACAUCGAAGGGAUACAUAGUGAUAUUUGUAUGUCUUGCAACCAAAGCUGUACAUUUAGAAGUAGUAACAGACAUGACCAGUGAAGCAUUUAUAGCAGCAUUCAAGAGAUUUAUUUUACGACGAGGAAUUGUUACAAACAUGUACUCGGACAAUGGCACCAAUUUCGUAGGCGCAGAGAGAGAGCUUCGAGAGCUUCAAGAUCUGUUUACAAACGAAGAACAUCAGAGAAGAAUCGUCGAAGAAUCAACCGCUCACCUCAUUAAGUGGCACUUCAUUCCACCCCGAUCCCCUCAUUUCGGAGGCUUAUGGGAAGCUGCUGUUCGGUCAGUGAAACAUCAUUUGAAACGAGUUGUAGCCAACGCCUCACUCACCUUCGAGGAAUUUUACACUACUUUAACAAUGAUUGAAGCUUGCUUGAACUCUCGUCCUCUCACUCCCCUUUCCACUGACCCAAAUGACCUUUCACCAUUAACCCCUGGUCACUUUCUCACUGGUGAUGCUUUAACCGCAUUACCUGAACCGAACAUUUGUUACAUUCAAUUAAACAGGUUGUCACAUUGGCAGGGGACACAGCAGAUUGCGCAGCACUUUUGGACACGAUGGUCCAAAGAAUAUCUGUCUCUCUUACAACAACGGCCAAAGUGGAGAUCAGAAGCAGCCAACAUCCAGCUCAAUCAACUAGUUCUCCUGAAAGAAGACAACUUGCCCCCUCUCAAGUGGGUUACAGGUCGAGUGGUGGCGGUCCAUCCUGGAGCGGACAAUAGGAUCCGAGUUGCCACCGUAAAGACGUCGUCUGGCACCUUCAGGAGAGCAGUCAACAAGCUAUGUAUCCUCCCCCUAGAACCUAAUACAGUGCAAGAGUGUCGCCUGGAGGUAUGGAGUUCUUGUUCUCAGGGCGUGGGAGGCGACAGAGCUUUCACUCCCAUUGUUAGAGGUGGCCUUCCACGAACCAAGGGAUGUUACCCCCAGGUUUAUGGUAGGGUCGCUUCAGGGCGGGAGGGGCUGGCCCUCACGCCUCGUGGGAGCAAGAAAGAACCUUUACUUGGGACAGGGGCCUAG